UCUGAGGGAGUGCUGCACUGUUGGAGAGUUAGUGCUGAUGGAGUGGGGAGUGCAGCAUUGUCGAAUGGUCAGUGCUGACAGAGUGCUGCACUGUCAGAGGGUCAGUACUGAGGGAGCGCUAUGUUGUCACAGGGUCAGCGCUGAGGGAGUGCUGCAUUGUCGCAGGGUCAGUACUGAGAGAGCACUGCAUUAACGGAGGUUGUCAUGAGGAGGUAUGGCUGUGCUAUCGUUCUCUGACAAGUUGCACGUCACAGUCUACGCCGUGGCCAUUCUGACCGGGCUGCCGUUUAACCUGCUCGCUCUGUAUGCAUUCCUGGGCAGGGCCAGGCGCAAAGCUGGUCCUAAUGUCAUCUUCCUCAUCAACCUGACCAUCUCCGACCUGGCCUUUCUGCUUUUCCUGCCUUUCAAGAUCCUGGAGUCAGUCAAGGGCAGUAUGUGGAUUCUGCCCACCUUCCUGUGCCCUCUGAGCGGCCUGUUCUAUUUCAGUGCCAUCUACGGCAGCAUCUUGUUUCUGACUGCGGUGAGCGUGGAGCGGUACUUGGGAGUUGCGUUCCCCAUCCAGUACAACCUGUACCGUAAGCCUGUCUAUGCACUGUUCGUCAGCUUCCUUCUCUGGGUUUGUGCAUUUUCCCAUUGCAGCAUUGUAUACAUCACCGAAUAUAAGAAGGUCACCAACUCCAGCUGGAAUGAGACCGUCUGCUACGACAGCUUCACCCCCAACCAGCUAGCAGUCCUCCUGCCAUUUCGCCUGGAACUGGGCAUAGUGUUAUUCUGCCUGCCCUGCCUGAUCACCACUUUCUGUUACAGCAGCUUUAUCCGGAUCCUGCUCUCGUCCCCGCACAUCAGUCACGGGAAGAAGCAGCGGGCAGUCGGCUUGGUGCUGGCCACCUUGCUCGUCUUCCUAAUCUGCUUCGCCCCCUACAACAUCUCCCACUUUGUGGGCUUCAUACAGCAGAGUAGCCCCCCGUGGCGGACCGAUGCCCUGCUGCUCAGCACCUUCAACACCAGCCUGGACCCCAUCAUCUUCUACUUCUCCUCAAGCGCCGUCAAGCAGACCUGCAGGGAUUGCCUGGGCAGCCUCUCCCGUGAGCUCAGCUCUUUCAGACCCCUUCAGAUCCUGCUCAGCUUCCUCCGCAAACGCAAUGAGGCCCUGAGGGCAGAUUCUUUCAACCAGAACCAGUGCUCCAAACUGUAGGCCCCACAGGAAACCAAACACUCACUCCCCAUUGCCUCUCCAUUGUGUCUAAGCUCUAGAAUCAACUCUUUAAACCUUUUAUCUCCACCUCUCUUUCUUUCCCUCACUUCCUCUCCCACUCUUUCUGUCUGUCUCUCUUCUUCUUUCUCCCUCUGUCACUCUUCUCCCUUUGUCUGUCUCUUUCCCUCUCUCUCCCCUCUCUAUCUCCUUCUCUGUCUCCUAUUCUCUCUCUCACUGCCCUCAUUUUCUCUUGCUGUCUUUCUUCCUGACCCCUCACUCCCCCAACUCUCUCCCUGAAUCUUUCUCUCUCUCUUUUACUCCACCUUUCUUUCUCUUUCUUAUUCUCUCAUUCGCCCUUUCUCUCUCUUUUGUUCUCUUUCUUCCUCUUUCACUUGCCCUCUUUUUCUUUCCCUUUCUCACUUUCUUUCCCUGUCUCUCUUUCUGUCUUUUCCUCUAGGAUGUCCCUCUUUGACAAGUACUCGAGUGAUUAGAGUUUAGAAGAAUGAGAGAUGACCUUAUUGAAAAUACAGGACUCUGAGGGGAUUUGACAGGGGAGAUGUGGGAAGAUGAUUUUCUUUGUGGGAAACUCCAGAACCGAAUGGGCACCAUCUCAGAAUAAAGGUCCAUUUCAGACAGAGAUGAGGAGGAAUUUCUUCUCUCAGCGGGGCAUGGAUCUGUGGAAUUCUUCCCUAAAAAGAGCUGUCAAGGUUGGCUUGUUGAGAAUAUUCAAACCUGAGAAGGAUUUUUAAUCAGUAAGGGGGAAUGAGGAAAAGACAGGAAAGUGGAAUUGAGGAUGAUCAGAUCAGCCACAAUGUCAUUGAAUGGCUGAGCAGACUCCAUGGGCUGAAUGGCCAACUUCUGCUCCUACGUCUUAUGGCAUGUUUUGCUUCCUGCCUUCUGGGGACAGUGAGAGAGAGAGAAACAGAUUUGUGAUCAAAGUUUCAAUCAGAACUGGGAAAAGUUACAGGUGGAAUGGGUUUUCAAGAUAGGGGUUCCAGUGGUGUGGAUGACAGGGAGGAGGCAAGUGUGAAGUGGGCUGAAGAGUGAGCUUUUCCUGUUACUGUGUAACAUCAAGGAGAAAGCUGAAUGGACCUCUUUUGUUCCUAUGUAACAGGCUGGUGGAGGGUGCUGAAUGUCCUCCUCCUGUUCUUACAUUCUUACCUAUGUUGCUGGGUAGAAGCCAAAGCAGACAGCAGUGAAGGGGUUUCGGAUGAACAAACAGUGCUGUGGAGAGGUUGGAAAACAUAAAUGGGCAAAGAGAGAGAGAGUUGUGGGCAUGGAGGGGAGUGCAUAUAUACCAAUCAGUGAAGGUGACUGGGAAAUAAAACUUUUCUGAACCUGAACCCUGGGUGAUACGGAAUUGAAAAUAAAACAAAGAUAUCUCACACAAACUUUGUAAAUUUACAGAUUGUUAAGGCACAAGAUCUCAGGGAAGGUCUGGAAGGGGGCUGAGUGGGGGAAUACAGAAAAGGCCUGGGAAGGUGAGUAGGAGA